AAACGAUUGUAAGUAAACGUUGCCUGUGGCGACUAAUCGACACCCGAGAAAGAGAUAAGCAGCCUGUCUGACAUCAAUUUCGAGCCCAAUUUCGAUAAUAUAGGCUGGUGGGCAAGGAAAAAUUGUGGUAAGAUGGCGGCAAUCCUAACAGAGCAGGCCAUACCUGCUACAGCAACUCUUGCCAGUCGAGAAAUCCCACCAGAUGCACCUGCUCCUGUUGUAAAUCCAAAUCCUGACAUGGAAAUCACAUACACAGGAAACACUGGCAAUGAUAUGGGGAUAUCUACUUUGGGCUUUCGAUCGGCAAAGUAUAAUCCUUCUGAAUGGCAUGAGUCUAAUUAUGCAAAGUUUUACCAAUCCUUUGUUGAUCGUGACAAUGCUGAACGAGUGAUUCACGAAUCAAGGCGUACAGAGAAGGAAACUUUAGAAACAACUAACAAAACUCAAGCUGAGGCCACAAAAAAGCUUGCAGAGAGCGCAAAGAAUAUUGAAUUUUGGAAGUAUGAGCUAAAUCGUGAAAUCUCUGUAAGUAAAAUUACAAUUUACUAUUAUAUUAUCUUUGAACUAGCUAAUCCAAUUGAAAGUUUACAAGUAGAAAGUAGUAUGGUACUUGCAAUAGCUUAAAAAAUAUGUAUAUUAUUUUUAUUAUUUGCACUUACAUCUUUGCUCUCUUUACCAUAUUUAAUUCAAAUUAAUAAGGAUAAAAAUACAAUAAGAUCAAACCAUUUCUUAAAUGUGUGAGGUCAUAAUUAAUUUUUUACAGGGAAAGAAAAAUACAAAUGCAAUGCAUGAUAUUUAAUUUUUUUUUUUUUUAAAUAACAGGAUGUAAUUGAUGAGACAGAUCUAUUGCUAGCUCAAAAGAAGCGCUUAGAAAAUGCUCUCAGAGCAACUGAGAUUCCCCUGCAUAUUGCUACAGAUAACUUGAACUGUCGCCAGAGGCGUCUGGGUGUUGAUUUGGUACAAGACGAUGUUGAAAUAUCUUUGUUGAAGGUAUGGUACAUCACAUAUAAAUACAUAUUUAACAAAUUAAAAUUAUUCAUAUGACAUUGUAGCCUUAUAAUAUAGGCAUUAGAAAGCAAAUUAUUGAAGGUCAUAAAAAUCCUAAAGGCUUUGCUCUUCUAUAACAGGAAGUUGAAAUUAUCAACAAUGUUCAAGAUCUUUUGAAAAAUACAAUCAACCAGUGUGAAAAACAAAUCAGGUAAAAAUUAUAUGUCACUGUCUACCUCAUUGAAAGUGGAUCCUCUAAAAAUUAUUUUUGUUGAAAUUUAAAAUAUAAAAAUCAUUUAACCAUUGUUUGAAAACUAAGCCAGUUCUACAAACCUAAUUGGUACCUACAAAUUAAAUGUAAUAAUCUUUAAGUCUUUAACAACUGAAAGUAAAUUAAAUUAUUCAAUUAAUAAUAUUAAAGACUUUGUCAAGUCAAUAAAAUAUCUACACUUUAAGUCCAACAUUUUGAUGAAAUAUUUACAUGCAAAUUUUGUUUGUAAAUUAUAUUUUGAAUUAAAAAAAAAAAAAUCUGAAGACUAACAAUGUUUCUGUACUGACAAUAUUUACAGAAUAAUAAUAUCCACCCUCUCAAUUCCAUCUCUUGAAAACUAAUUUUUUAAGCAGUUAUUUAGUACAAUAAUACAACAUGAACUAGAAUAUUUGAUAACCAACUUACCUGCCUUAAAAUUUUGUUAUUAUUUUUUUUUCAGACUAAACCGGGAUGCUAAACAAAAUUUGGAGAUGGACUGGAGUGAUAAAAAGGAGGCUUUGGAAAUAGAGACAAAAAGUGGAUCCCUGCGCAAUCAUCACACAAACAAACAAUUCCAUGAUGGUGCUGCAAAAUUUGAAGAGAUGUAAACACUUUAAUUAGUGGUCUAAAAAAUUUAGUUAAUUUAGACAGUUUAAGACAAAUCACCCAUUUGUUAUUGAGCUACUCCUUUCAAAUGUUUUGGUUUAACAAUGGUUGAUUCAACUAUAUAUCUUUAUGCACAGCUAAGCAUCUGAAAUAUGUGGUUGCUCUGUUGUAAAAUAUUAUUAUUAAUCAGCUAUUAACAAUUAGUUGAUAUUGAAAGUUGGGAUAAAAUGUUAAUAUGAUUUUAUAGAUUUUACAAUAUUGGGAGAAAAAUAUACAAGCAGAGUGGUCUGUCCAAACAUGAUGAAAGUUUUCUUUGCACCUGUUUGGACAAUUAUAGUGAUGUAUUUUAUAGGGUAUUACAACUUUACCAAUAUAGAUAUCAUUAGUAAAGUUCAUUUUUAUUCAAUCAGUCAAUCAACACCCGAAUCCUGGGCUCAGUUUACUCAUGACAAUAUUGCAAGAGCAGAACAUGAACGUAUGGCUAGCAUUCAGUUGCGUACACUGGUGGACAAUGUACUUGAAGACACAUCAAGGGACAUGCGAGAGCAAGCCGACCAAGUAGAUGUCAAUUUUACUAAGAGAAUCACAGAAAUGGAGGAUGCCAAGACAAAACUAGAAGAAAAUCUGACAAAAGUAAGUUAUUUAUUAAGAGAAUGAAAUAAAUAACAUGGAAAUAUCCUUCCAAAUUAAAAGAAUGGUUUUUGAAAAUAUAGAUUUUUUUUGUGACAUUAGUAAAUUGAAACUAAGACUAAUUGUUCAUUUAAUUUUAUUGAUAAUUUUCUAUUCUUGAACAUAAAAUUUAGAAUCAGCUGCUUAAUUAAGCUGAAUUUCUCUGGUUUCUUUUAGUACUUUUAAAAUAAGUAUAUUUAAAUAAUGUUAAUUACUACACUAAAAAAAUCAACCUCAGCUAUAGUUACUUAACAGUGUAGCCACACAAUUUCUAUGAUCAGGUGGUAAAACAGGUUAAAGACCAGGAAAAGAAUAUUGGUGAAUUGCAACAGGCCAUCAGGGACAAAGAAGAUCCUCUUAAGGUUGCACAAACCCGAUUAUACAAUCGUACGUACAGGCCAGGAGUGGAGUUGUGUCGUGACCCUGCCCAAUAUCAGUAAGUACAUACUAUGAACUCCUUGCAAUUAAAAUUAAAUGUUUAGUGAAAUAAAUAAAAAUCUCAAAUUGAAAAAAAAAAAAAAAAAAGAAUUUAAAUUAAAAACAGCCAUCAAAUAAAAUUGAAUUUAUAUUCUUCUUUUUGAAACCCCCACAUAAAGAUUAUUUGUGUCUUGAAAAAUUAAAUGUUUAGUAAAAAAAAAAAAAAACUCAAAAUGAAAAAAAAAAAAAAAAAAAGAAUUUAAAUUAAAAACAGCCAUCAAAUAAAAUUGAAUUUAUAUUCUUCUUUUUGAAACCCCCACAUAAAGAUUAUUUGUGUCUUGUUUUAGUAAAAUAACUUUAUCCGGACAUUUUCUUUUCAAGUUUAGUGGGGGUUUUCUCUCUCUUCCCCCCCCCCCCACCCCCUCCCAUAUUUCUAAAAUCUUUUACUUUCCUUAGAUACAGUAAAACAUUAUUUAUUGAUUUCUUCACUACAGUCUGGUUGGUGAGGUUAAUGAGAUCAAUCAGUCCAUUGAUGCACUGAAGAUGAAGCUAAAUGAUGCCCAGAAUUCACUGAAAGAUCUUCAAGACAACAGAAUGGCUUUGGAGAAAGAAAUUGCGAUCAAGAAGAACAGUAUCUUUAUUGAUCGUGAUAAAUGCUUGACGGUCAGGAAUCGAUUCCCUUCUCGCACCAAACUUCAAGGCUAUCAGUAACAAUUUGAUAAAUUCUUUGUGAGAUUUUGUAAUUGACAUUUAAAAUUUGCUACAUAUAUUAAAUAUUUCUUUUUUAAGCUGAACAAAUUGGGUUAGCUGACAGGAUUGUGUACAAUUUUAAGUUAUUUUACAACUUCACAAUGAACUUACUGCAAGUCAUUUUAAAAUCUCUUUACCGGUAUUAAAUUAUAUGCUAUUGCUAGCAUGGCUUUUGACUUUAUUAUCCUGUACCUUGUUACAAUAGAAGUUUAUUUUUUUGUAAGAUGCACCAAAGAGUAGUGUCUGUUGCAAUAGAUUGGUUAUACCAGUAGAUCAAUUCUAAGCAUUAUUUAAUAUUGACAUUAACAUUUUCUUGGUUGAUAAAGUGAAAUAUAUUUGGUUAUAGAAACUAUCAAAUCAUUUUAAAAUCGGCAAAUACAACUAUUAUCUAUUUUCUUCUGACUGUACAGUUAAAGACUUUUUAAGCUAAUGUAAAUAAGAGUAUUCUCUUCACAUUUCUUCAUGAUACUUCAUCUAUCCUAAUUUCUAUACCUCUAAUAUUCAUUUACAACUUUUGCUUUGUAAAUUGGAACACAUCAACAUCCAUCAUUUUGUCAGCAUUAUCAAGGUCUUAUUUGUACAGAAGCCAUCACUUUAAUGCUCUUUAAUUUUCAUGGAAGAAAUCAUUACAGGAUCUACUAGGAAGUACUAUAAGGUUUUUUUAAUGCUGGGAAAAUGAGAUGUUUGAACUAUUUCAGUAUUAUAACUGUUGUCUUUAGUGGCUUGUAAGUUUUAUCUGGUCUUGGCAAUUUUUUUAAACUUGAGAUUCAAAAAUUUGAGAAUGUAUCAUCUUGAACAAUGUUUUAAACCUAAAAUAUGACAGUAAGUUCUAUCAAAAUUUGUUUAAGUAUAAUACACAUUCACUGCAUUACUGCAUUAUAUAUUUUCUAAUAAAAAUGUUCUGAGAAAGUAUGAGUAAAACUUAAGGCAAUAAACUUAAUUUAUACUUGCAAUAGACAUUCGUUUUGUUACUCUAGGGAGAAUUCCAAUAAACACCUGAUUUGAGACUACACUAGAAAAGAUGAAUGUCUGAUUAUAGAUUGGAAUCUAUAUAAAUUAAUUCAACUUUUACUAUAUAUGUUGUUACAUGCAAAAUUAUCUAAAAAGAUUUUUAAAAUGGUUAAAGUACCACCCUCUUAAUUGAAAAUUACAUUAAUUUGUUUAAAAUGUUCAUUCACUACCGGUACUUAAGAUGUAAACCCUUGCUAAUAACAUUUUAUAAUUAAAUUUUACAAUUUUGCCUUAAUUGGGAUAUCCAAUAAAUUUGAGUCAAAUAUGGUGCAUUUUUUUGCAAUGUUCUUCAUGCAAGGUUUUUAACUUUAACUGAAUGUUAGUGUUAGCAUUAGUGCUCUACAAUCUUGGGAAGUCAGUUUUUCAUGGUAGAGUGCUCUGGGAAUUCCAUAGAAUUUAGAAAUGCUUCAAGAUCAAUCAGAUCAGAUAGUUACUUUUAUCACUAGUGAUAGUGAAAUUGUUUUGAUUAAUUCAGCGUUAACCUUAUUGUAGUACUGGGUAAUUGGUUGUAAGUGUAAAUGGUGAGAUGUCAGUAAUUUUGUAGUUUGUGAUUUUUUUUUAAUGAUUGUGUUCCUGAUGUUGUAUAGGGUAGAAGAAACGCGUUUUGAACAUGGGAAAUGCGCGUAUCAGGAGAUCCACAUUCAUGUUUUUCCUAUAUGGACUACUGUUGUUAUGAACGUUUAAGGAAAGAUUUUUUUAUUGGUGCACAGAAAUGAACUUCUUUCCUGUGAGCAAAAUAACUUUGCUCAUUACAUGAGAACAUUGUGUUAUUUACUUGAAAUCUGAAGC